UAGUGAAGCACUUAAUGAGAUAAGAUGACUAUAAUGAUAAUGAGUGAGUUUUCUCCAGUCAUGGUGAGUUGGUGACAGCUGGUGGGCAGCCGGGCGCCAGCUGGUGAUGUUCCAAGCUUGUAGAACUUUGAUCAAGCCUUUACAAAGUGGUCAGAUUCUAAAAAUGGCUACAGUGGCAGAAGGACAACGCUAUGAUUUUGUGGUCUUUGGAGCAACUGGGUAUACUGGCCAGUAUGUAGUAGAGGAAGUAUCUCGUGUGGCCCAUCAUGAUUGGACAGAGAGAAACAUACCACUGACUUGGGCUGUAGCUGGGCGCUCUAAAGACAAACUUCUAAAUAGCCUUGCAACAGCACGUAAAGAAACAGGUUUAAACUUGGAAAAUGUAGCAGUCAUCCUUGCUGAUGUUGCAGACCAAGAUUCCCUGAAUAGGAUGGCUGCUCAGUCCACUGUUGUUAUCAACUGCGUUGGACCUUAUCAGGUAUAUGGAGAACGAGUGGUACGUGCCUGUAUUGAAAAUGGUUCAAAUCAUGUAGACAUCUCUGGUGAACCACAGGUAAUAUUUCAUGAAGGAUUACCAAUCUAUUCUUUGGCAAGUUUUUGGGAACUGUAUUUUGCUUCAAUUUAUUUGUAAAAUACACAGGUCACA